AUGCCCGUACUUCCUCCGACAGACGUGCAGAACGACAAUGGCUCCUGCUGGACAUGUCUCAAGCUGAAUCGACCCUGUGAUCUCGCCUUGCCGCUUACGCGUUGCGAAGACAGCCACAACUUCGACCCCCCCCCCCACCGGCCCAUUCAUACACCUACCGUUCGUCGUGCAUUUGGAUAUGCGUCGCCUACUGACCAAUUGUCUCCCUCGCCAGGAUGCCGAAAUUGUGUCGACAGAGGCGUCAAAUGCGGCGGAUUCGGGGUCAAGUUGAGAUUUCCUGCCGAACUCGAUGGAACCAGCUCAAAGCCACCCCGCCGCCGAUUUCGAGAACGCCGAGCGAUUACACUACCACCAGUCCCGGCCGCAGGGGAAAAUGGACCUGGCCAGUUGAAUUCGUUGCCUCUGGGCGUAUCAUCAUUGGCUUUGCCUGCCGAGGACAGCUUCUUCAUGCAGCACUUCCUGCACAACGUCGCGCGGAUCACGUUGGCCAUCGACUACAAUGAGAAUGGCUAUCGCUCCUUGUUCCCCAUGGCGAUGCAGGAGCCUGCGGUGAUGAACGGGCUGCUUGCCGUCGCAGCGUCGCAUUACAGUCGAUGGCAACAGAUCAAUGAUACGAGUUCACGCAAGUAUCUUCAAGCCGCUUCAAAAGCACUCAAAGACAGAUUCAGCAAUGUUGCCCUGCGCAAGGGCCAAGAAACCCUGGCUGCCAUGCUCCUACUGGUAUCGUACGAGGUAUUCUCCGGGUCGAGUCGAUGGAGUGGGCAUUACAACGCGAUUCGAGGUUUCAUCAAGAGCCGGGGCGACUGUUCGGACUUGAACCCCUUCCUCAAGACUUGGGUGUGCCUUAUCGGUACGCAAUGCGCCCUGAACCUUGGAUCACCGGCUAUGGACGAGCUCGAAUCGUGGAUGGGCUUUGAAGAAGGAGUUAGUUCUGACCAGGGCCAUCUCAUCGAUGCUCUAUUCGGGUGCUCGGCGAAAUUGCCUAGGCUUAUGGUGCUAACUCGAGAGCAGUGGGCUGCUUCACGCCUAUAUAACGAGUCCAAACGGUUAAACAUGCAGCCAAUAGAGAUACGCGAGCGUGCGCAGAAGCUGCAGGAAGAGAUCCGGGCGACCCAGAUUGUAGCAAAUUCAGAUUUAUCUUUGGGCAUCCUGUGCCGUCGCUCCAGCCAGACUUACUCUGCGAAUGUUGUGGGAUUGGAACAGGAAGAGCUCCGCCGGCGGAUGAUAGCAACAGCUGAGAUCUUCCGACACGCCUCGCACAUCUACGUAUUCCGCAUCGCACAUGGCCCCGAAGAACCCCUUUCCAAGGACCUGCAGGCCUCUCUGCGCUCCUCCCUCGAACUCCUCACGCUCGUGCCCGACGCGCUGGGGCCGGGAGCCAAUCUGGGAUGGUGCCUCGUCGUGAUCGGCGCAGAGCUGGAUCCCGUCGACCAGCGAGAUUACGUCCGGGCAAGAUGGGAGGGCUUGCAUCUCCUGGGCAUCUACAACAGCAAGAAUGGGCAGAAAAUCCUCGAAGAAGUAUGGAAACAUCGCGAUCGGGUCAACAACGGCCAGGCGAUACCCGAACGAUGGCAGGAUAUCAUGCAGCGCAUCGGGGAAUCCCAGAUCCUGGUAUGA